AUGAAGUUCGAGCUCGCACCGUCCUCUGCAGCGUCUUUGCUGCUUUCUGUCCUAUCACCACCCAUCUCCCUAAUCCGAUCCUACCCCAUCUCCUCCUUUCUGGCCUCACUCGUCCUCAUCCCCCUUCUAGUCGUCGUUACAGCCGCCCUCGGCUUCCUUAGCAUCGCAACAUGGCGCUACAUCUCACUUCACAUCCUCGCCACCGACAUGUACUCCCACUUUCCUCGCCCUGCUCGCACCGAUCGUUACCCGCUCCUCACCGGUAAUCUCGGCCACAUCCGCAAAGCGCCACCCGUCGAAGGUCACCUUGCUUUUCAACGCGAGCUCAACACUAAGGUAUACGUCUACCGUGGCCUGUUCUACUCGCCUCGGUUGAUGAUCGGCGAUGCCAAAGCCAUGCUGCAUCUGCUCAGUGCAGCCAACUCGUACAACUACGAGAAACCAUCUUCCACCAGACUCGUCCUCAAGAACUUUCUCGGUGAAGGUGUAUUGGUUGCCGAGGGCGAUGUUCACAAACGCCAGAGAAAGAUUCUGCAGCCUGCAUUCAACGUUGGGGCGAUCCGGGAGCUGAACCCGAUCUUCAUGCGGUACUCUAGGGAUCUGGUGGAAAAGAUCGGUCAGAUGGUAGACCGUUCUUCUUCCGAGAAAGAGGCCGUCAACGGUAUAACAAAGCCGUUUGUCGCACAGUCGAAGUAUUCACAAAACGUCAGCAGACCGGGAGCACCGGUCAUCGACAUCGGUUGGUGGUGCACGAGAGCAGCUCUCGACAUCAUCGGUGACGCAGGCUUCGGCUAUCACUUUGAAGCUCUCAAAGUCGACGUCGACCCUUCCCUCGUCGUCAAACGUGCAGGCGACGAGCUCGGAGAUGCCUUCAACACGCUGUUCAAACUGACACUCAAGAUCGACAUCUUCCGAUUCCUGCAGCUCUACCUGUCCAACUUCCGUCUGCUGAAAUGGGUCGAUUCCAUCCCUAACAAACGCAAACGCGCUACGGAAUCAGCAUACGGGGAGCUCGAAAAGGUUUCGAUGCGGAUUGUAGAGCGCAAGAAGAAAGAGAUUCGAAACGAGAUGCAGGCGGAGGUGGAAGCUCGUGGAUCCAGCAAGACCGCCAAUGGCUUCACCAAAGCUGAUUUCGACGAAAAGGAAUCGUCUUCGAUGACCGGGUCUACACCAGGCAAGGAUCUUUUGCAUCUGAUGAUGCGAGCUAACAUGGCAGCGGAUGUGUCGCCACGUGAAAAGCUCGACGAUGCCGAACUCAUUGGUCAGAUCACGACUCUGCUCAUCGCAGGACACGAAACCACAUCCAACCAAACAGCAUGGACCCUAUGGUUGCUGGCACAACAACCUGAGACCCAACAGAAACUUCGAGCUGAGAUCCACGACCACUUUGGAAAAGGCAUGGAGCGUGAUCCCAACUACGACGAGCUCAUGUCCAUGCCCUACCUCGAUGCGGUCUGCAAGGAAUCCUUCCGAGUCAAAUCCGCCGUACCCAGCACCAUCCGAGUCGCCAAGACCUCGGCCACCAUCCCUCUCUCCAAACCCUACCCCACACGCGACGGAAAAUCCACCUUCAACUCGGUCCACAUCCCCGCCGGUCGAGAGAUCAUCAUCCCCAUCUCCGCCAUCAACCUCGACCAGGAAAUUUGGGGCUCCAACGCUGCCGAUUUCGUCCCCGAACGAUGGCUCGACCUACCCGCAUCGGCAAAACACAACGGUCUACCCAUGCACCUCAUGACCUUCAUCUCCGGCCCCCGAGGCUGCAUCGGAAACAGAUUCGCCCUCGCCGAGUUCAAGGCUAUGCUCUGUCAUCUCGUGGGCAACUUCCACUUUGAAACAGUCGCGGAUUGGAAGGUCGAAGCCAAACAAACCGCAGUCAUAAGGAGCAGAGUCAUCGGACAGGAAGAUGUAGGCCCUCAGAUGCCACUUCGCGUCUCUAGAAUCACGACCUGA